UCCUGCCCUCCCCCCACUCCUUUCUCCUCCCAGGCCCAAAGCGGAGGACUCCACUGGAGUCACGGAGUCGCCUUUGAACCGCAAGUGAACUCGAGGGCUGCCCUCGCAGUCGAGCUCCCGCUGCUGCCGGCGUCCCGCAGCCCGCCAGUGAGUACCUGCACACUUAGCAGUUCGGAGUUGGCUUCUGUUUUCCGUUAGCGCCCCGCUGUAAGGACAAAUGCAUACAAAUGCAUUUAGGAGCCCACAGGACAAGGCGUGGACAGGUCUCCCACACGGCAAAAUCGAAACUGCUUCUUCAUUUUAUUGUACUAUGUGUGUCAGGGGGUACUGUUCAUGCACAAGAUCAAGGCAUAGAUAUUCUUCAUCAACUAGGCCUUGGAGGCAAAGAUGUAAGACACUCUUCAUCAGUGACCGCUGUACCACCAUCAUCUACACCAUUAACUCAGGGGGUCCAUGUAACAGAAUCGGGUGUCAUUUUAACAAACGAUUCCUAUAUUGAAACACCUCUUGUGAAAAUUUUACCAGUCAACUUAGAACAGCCAUUUACAAUAUUAAUUGGGUUGCAGUCAUAUAGAGUAAACAAUGCAUUUCUCUUCAGCAUUAGAAGUAAAAAUAGACUGCAAUUAGGAGUACAGUUAUUACCUAAAAAAUUAGUGGUAUACCUUGGAGGAAAGCAGUCUGUCUUUUUCAACUACAGCGUUCACGAUGAGCGAUGGCAUUCAUUUGCCAUUGCUGUUACCAAUCAAGAUGUCUCAAUGUUUGUUGAAUGUGGAAAGAAAUAUUUUAGCAGAGAGACUCUUUCGGAAGUUCAGACCUUUGAUUCUAACAGUGUGUUUACCUUGGGAAGUAUGAAUAAUAAUUCUGUCCAUUUUGAAGGAGUAGUAUGUCAGUUGGAUAUUAUUCCUUCUGCAGAAGCAUCUGCAAGCUAUUGCAGAUAUGUGAAACAGCAAUGUCGCCCUGAGACAAGCCUUCCUCAUACAACUAUUGUAUCAACUAAGAUACCUGAAAACUCUCUCCUGCCCAAAAGAUUGGGUGAAAAAGUACUGUCACAGGACACACUUACUGAAAACAAAAGUGUUCUAGAUUUCACAAAUAAUGAUUCUGUGACAGUGAAUAAACAACAAGAACACCAGAUAUCAAGAUCUCAGUUAACUUCUCUUCAUUCACGGAAUGUCUCUGCUAUGGAUCUUGUGAACCAUGUGAUUCAGACCAAAGAAUUGAUCACUGAGCAACUUAUUCAGGCAAAUUUAAGCCUGCCAAUGUCCCAUCGUAGCCUCAAUGAGCCAAGGAAAAAAAACAAGGAUAAAUUCAUUUCUCUUCUAAAUGUGUCGGACAAUAUCACACAGCAUAAUGAUAAAAUAACUGGUCUGUCACCACUUAAGAAGAUAUCAUCUAGUCUUCCACAUAUAAAACAAGAUGCAAUUAAGAAUCUCAAGAAGGCUAUCACAGCAAAUCUGCACACUAAUGAACUUAUAGAACUGCAGCAGAUUUUAAACACAACCUUAUACAGAGUGACAGAUGAGCCAUCUGUGGAUAAUCACCUUGAUCUAAGGAAGGAAGGUGAAUUUGAUCCUGAUGCUACUUAUCCCAUCGAAAAUAGCUAUGAAACUGAGCUUUAUGAUUAUUAUUAUUAUUAUGAGGAUCUUAAUACAGUGCUCGAAAUGGAGAAUCUAAGAGGGCCAAAAGGGGACACUGGACCUCCUGGUCCCCCUGGCCCAGCAGGCAUCCCAGGUCCAUCAGGAAAGAGAGGUCCACGGGGCAUACCAGGGCCACAUGGAAAUCCUGGGUUACCUGGAUUACCAGGUCCAAAGGGCCCUAAAGGAGAUCCAGGUUUUUCCCCAGAUCAAGCUCUUUCUGGAGAAAAGGGUGAUCAAGGUCUUUCUGGAUUAAUGGGGCCCCCUGGUAUGCAAGGUGUUAAGGGUCUCAAGGGGCAUCCAGGACUCCCAGGACUCCAAGGGGAACAAGGAAUUCCAGGAUUCACUGGUAAUAUUGGUUCACGUGGUUACCCUGGCAGGCAGGGUUUAGCUGGACCAGAUGGUAAUCCAGGACCUAAAGGUGUACGAGGUUUCAUUGGCUCUCCUGGAGAAGUAGGACAACUGGGACCUGAAGGAGAAAGAGGUGUUCCUGGGAUCCGUGGAAAGAGGGGUCUUAAGGGAAGACAGGGUUUUCCAGGUGACUUUGGAGACAGAGGCCCUGCAGGUCCUGAUGGCAGUCCUGGACUUAUAGGUAGCACUGGUCCUCCGGGAUUUCCUGGGCUUAGAUGGUGCUCAAGGAUACCUUUCUUUCUUAUUGCUUUCCAGGGCAGUGUUGGCCCUGUGGGACCAAUUGGACCUUCUGGAAUCCCUGGCCCAAUGGGUCUUUCGGGCAAUAAGGGCCUACCUGGAAUCAAAGGUGAUAAGGGUGAACAAGGCAUUGCAGGAGAGCAAGGAGAAACAGGGUAUACUGGAGACAAGGGUGCUGUGGGUUUUCCUGGACCACCAGGGAUGAGAGGAAAGCCAGGACCUUCAGGCCAAACAGGUGACCCAGGACCCCAAGGGCCAUCUGGCCCUCCAGGACCAGAGGGUUUUCCUGGAGAUAUUGGGAUCCCUGGACAAAAUGGCCCUGAAGGAUCAAAGGGAUUCAUUGGAAGCAGAGGGCCUUCUGGACCUCCUGGUCUCAAAGGAACUCAGGGAGAAGAAGGACCAACUGGAUCCUUUGGAGAACUGGGGCCAAGAGGAAAACCAGGUCCAAAGGGGUAUGCUGGUGAACCAGGACCAGAAGGCUUGAAGGGAGAAGUAGGAGAUCAAGGAAACAUUGGGAAGAUUGGCGAAACAGGACCUGUUGGUUUACCUGGAGAAGUUGGAGUGACUGGAAGCAUUGGUGAAAAGGGAGAGCGUGGAAGUCCAGGUCCAGUAGGUCCCCAGGGGGAAAAGGGUGCAAUGGGAUAUCCAGGUCCUCCUGGAGUUCCAGGACCCAUGGGUGCCCUGGGAUUACCUGGUCAUGUCGGGGCAAGAGGACCACCUGGGAUUCCAGGUCCUAAAGGACGAAGAGGACCAAGAGGACCAGAUGGUCCCUUAGGAGAACAGGGUAUACAAGGUACCAAGGGUGAAACAGGAGAUCAAGGAAAAAGAGGGCCUCAUGGUCUUAUUGGUAAGACUGGAAACCCUGGAGAGAGAGGAGUUCAAGGAAAACCAGGUUUGCAAGGACCCCCAGGGACUACUGGAGACAGGGGACUUACAGGAGAACCGGGACCACGAGGACCACAAGGUGAUGCUGGACCUCCUGGAGAAAUGGGUGCUGAGGGACCACCAGGUACUGAAGGAGAAUCUGGUCUGCAAGGCGAGCCAGGCACAAAGGGAGAUGUUGGACCUGUGGGCAGUGUUGGAGCUGCUGGGGAGCCAGGGUUAUGGGGUGAACCAGGAGCUCCUGGAGAAGAAGGUCUACAGGGUAAAGAUGGAUUGAAGGGGAACCCAGGAGGAAGGGGACUUCCUGGAGAGGAUGGAGAAAAAGGAGAGACAGGCUUACCAGGGACCACAGGGCCUUUGGGUGGACCAGGUCUGAUGGGCCCUCCGGGACCUGAAGGAAUUACAGGAAUUCCAGGACAAAGAGGUCGUCCAGGAAAGAAGGGUGAUAAAGGACAAAUGGGGCCCGCAGGAGAAAUUGGAAGCAGAGGUGCUCCCGGACAAAUUGGGGAAAGUGGUCUUAAGGGUGCCAGAGGAACUAGAGGUGCUGUGGGACCUUUAGGAUUGAUGGGACCUGCUGGAGAACCUGGAAUUCUAGGAUAUAGGGGCCAUGAAGGUCAACCGGGACUUUCUGGGUUGCCAGGACCUAAAGGAGAAAAGGGUUAUCCAGGAGAAGAUAAUACAAUCCUAGGACCACCUGGGCCUCGGGGUGAACCAGGUCCAGUGGGAGAACAAGGAGAGAGAGGAGAGCCUGGAGCAGAGGGAUAUAAGGGCCAUGUAGGUAUACCAGGACCAAGAGGUGCCACUGGACAGCAAGGGCCCCCAGGUGAGCCAGGUGACCAGGGUGAACAAGGACUAAAAGGAGAGAGAGGAUCUGAAGGUCCUAAAGGGAAAAAAGGAGCUCCUGGUCCUUCUGGGAAACCUGGGAUUCCUGGACUUCCAGGACUACCUGGGCCAAAAGGCAUGCAAGGAUACCAUGGAGCAGAAGGCAUUUCAGGAAACCCUGGAAAAAUUGGGCUACCAGGAAAACACGGACUUCCUGGCAUCAGAGGCAGCCCAGGAAGAACAGGACUGACUGGAUCUCUAGGUCCUCAAGGAGCAAAGGGUUCGUCAGGCCCACCAGGAAGCCCAGGAGUUCAAGGCCCAAAGGGUGAACAAGGGCUACCUGGUCAACCUGGAAUUCCAGGUAAAAGAGGUCACCAAGGAGCACAAGGUGAUCAAGGACCAUGUGGAGAGUCUGGCAUGAAAGGGCAACCUGGAGAACAUGGUAUUCAAGGUUUGAUGGGUUUCCAAGGAUUCCCAGGUCCCAAAGGUCCCCAGGGAGAUGCUGGCAUUGUUGGAAUAUCAGGUCCUAAAGGCCCUGUUGGACAAAGGGGAAACACUGGCCCCUUUGGCAGAGAAGGUAUAAUAGGUCCAAAGGGUAGAACUGGACCCAGAGGUGAAAAAGGCUUUAGAGGCGAAACUGGUCCCCAAGGACCAAGAGGUCAACCAGGGCCUCCAGGUCCACCUGGAGCACCAGGCCCAAGAAAACAAAUGGAUAUCAAUGCUGCUAUUCAAGCCUUAAUUGAAUCACAUACUGCCCUACAGAUGGAGAGCUACCAGAAUACUGAAGUGACUUUAAUUGACCACAGUGCAGAGAUCUUCAAAACCUUGAACUAUCUUGGCAAUUUACUACACACCAUCAAGCAUCCUCUUGGCACACGAGAUAAUCCAGCACAAAUCUGCAAAGAUUUGCUUAACUGUGAACACACAGUAUCAGAUGGAAAAUACUGGAUUGAUCCAAAUCUUGGAUGCCCUUCAGAUGCCAUUGAGGUUUUCUGUAAUUUCAGUGCUGGUGGUCAGACAUGUUUAUCUCCUAUCUCUGUGACAAAGUUGGAGUUUGGAAUCGGGAAAGUCCAGAUGAACUUCCUUCAUUUACUGAGCUCAGAAGCCACCCAUAUCAUCACCAUUCAUUGUCUAAACACUCCAGUGUGGACAAGUCCUCAGACAAGUGGCUCAGGAUUGACUCUUGGUUUCAAGGGAUGGAAUGGUCAGAUUUUUGAAGAAAACACUCUACUUGAACCUAAAGUGCUUUCAAAUGACUGCAAGAUUCAAGAUGGCAGCUGGCAUAAGGCAAAAUUCCUUUUUCACACCCAGGACCCUAAUCAACUUCCAGUAAUAGAAGUACAAAAACUUCCUCAUCUCAAAACCGAACGGAAGUACUACAUUGAAAGCAGUUCCGUAUGCUUUCUCUAAGGUCUCUGAAUUAGUUCAGAAUGCAUGCUGUUGGCCAGGUAAUUGUUGCAGAGGGGAAAAUAUAGACAGAAAGGUACUAUUGGAUAUCAUGAAAUACAUGGAAUAAAGCAUUGGCUAAAUUUUAAAGAAUCUCAGGAAGAAAAGACUUCCUCCUAAGAAGGAGACAAGGCAUUUUUUAAAGGACUAUAACUGAUAAAGUAUUUAAUUCUUUAAAAAAUUAUAUUGAUCUGAGCUUUCUUAGAGAAUUCCCUAGAACUGAACAUUUAUAAAAAUGGAAUUCUUCAGGGUAUUCUAUAUUUUUUGACUGCCUGAGAGCAAAGUACCCAUUAGACAGCUGGAGAUGCAAAGCACUGUGGAGCAAUACUGGCUAAUGCUCCCAAAUGUGCAAUGCUUCUGUCUAAAAACUGCAAGCCACAGUCUAAUACAUCUUCUUUUCCCAAAUACUAAGCUGUAUUCAGGUCCCCAGUGGGCAUAUACAUCUUAGCCGGUGGUACACUACCUCUUAUGUGUUGCCUUUUUGUGUUGCUUGGUGCUCUUUCUAAAAAAAGGUGCUUGUGGCUUUCAUAAACUAUUUUAUUUCUUUAUUCGUCUUUGUCAUUCUUUAAGAGUGUAUGUACUGGUUACAUCAAUAUAUGUUUUGGUUGUUAGUACUUAUUUUAAUUUGUUUGGUCAUAUACUUAAUAACAAGUAAAACAUUAUUUAUGUGACGUUAUUUUAAAAUUCUCUUUGUGGAUAUAAAAUCAAAGCCAGCACGUUGUAACCUGUGCUUAAGCACAAGAGAAUUGGGAGGGGGUUUUAUUGUUUGUUUUAAAUUGCUGUAAAAAAUAUUAUAGGCCAGCUACAUCCAGUAGUAGGUUUGGGUUAGAGUUUAGGGGUUGUGAUAUACUAUUUUAAAAAAUCCAUGAUCAUCUGGAAUGAUAUUUUGUGUAUAUAUAUUUUGUAAAGUUGUAAUUCAGCAAAUCUUUUGAAAUUGCUGCUGUUUUAAAUUAUAAAAACUUUGUUUCUGUUUCAUAGAGAUUACAUGUUUUUUAAUAAUUCAUUGAUUUUCUUUCACCGUUCUUAAAUAUAAUGUGUUGGGACCUAAAAGAAUUCAAUUUACCAGUCGUUAAAGCAACAUUCAAGAAAACAAAUACAGUCUUUUGCCAUUUAAAAUAGGCUAAGUUCAGACUUUCCUUGUCAGAGACAUGUUAAGCAUUAAAAAUAUUAUACCUUUUGGUAUAUUGAAAAGCAUGUACAUCCAUUAUAAACAUACCAUCAAACCACACUUACCUAUCUAUAAUAAAAAUGUGCUUUAAUAUCUUU